AUGGCAGAAGCUGUGAAAAAAGAAAGUGGCGGUGUCCAGCAGCGUCCUUUGGAUGGCGGCGGAGGAGGAGGUGGUGGCAGCGGGGGAGGCGGAGGCGGAGCAGGAAUGCCCAAACGGAAGCAUCGCCGGGGCAAAAAGUCCAAGAUGCUGCCCAAGAAGACCAAGAAUCAUUACCCACAGUGGAAACUCGAUAUGCCAGCUGGUGCGGGAGCCACGCUCGAGGGGAAUACCCGCCAGAAUAGUCGCACCAAGCUGGUCCGCUCGCGAUCCCUGCUCGUGCCGUACAACACCAACCGCUUCCUGAUGGAGGAGCACAUGUCCGAGCUGCACAAGGACGACUCCGACGACAAUUGCUUCAACUCGCAGACCGAGGACCAGGUGCUCUUCCUCUCCAAGGAGUUCUCCAAUGUCUACGAGCGGGCGCGACUCGAGCGGCUGGAGACGAUGAGCAAGCAGGAGCUCAUCCAGGAGUGCCUGCAGAUCGAGGAUCGCUACUCUAAGGCCCAGAACGUGUCCAAGGAGUUUGGCGCCAAGCUACGGGCGCAGGAGGAGAAGAUGCGCCAGCUGAAUAGGGAGAAUCAAUUUCUACGCUCCCACUUCCUGCGCUCGUGCUCUACGACAGCGGGUCCGGCGGCAGCUGCAGCGGCCGCUGCCUCCCCGCCCUCUGCGGUGGCCCCGACGCCCAGCUCCGCCUGCGAGCUGCAGGCCAGACAACAGCCGCCUCAGCAGCCACAGCCAACGCCCAUGGACUCCUCCAGCGAGGACAGCGAGAGCGACAGCAGCAGCACCACGUCGAGCACCACUUCCAGCACAUCCUCUUCGAGCAGCGAUGGCCACGAGAUGGGCGUGGCCGGGCUGAACAUCGCCAAUGGUCAUGCCGAGCAGCGGCACGAGCGGAGCCACACUCGCUCCAGAUCCCGAUCGCCCAUCCACCUCAACGGCCAUGCCAACGAGGAGGAGCGCCAGCGCCUGCUGGACGGCAACCAAAUGGACGAGGACGACAACUCCAGCGAUGUUCCCAAGCCAGGCGAUGCAGUGGUCAAAUAGGAUAGUGUGCCUCACUUCGCCCUGUGUAAAUAGAAGACUCAGUUGUGGUGGACAGAAACCUUGUUUAGUUUUUAAGUCAUCUGUGGGCGUCAUUUGAAUCAUCAGUUCAUCAUUCGAAAGCAAAAUCAUUAGCAUUACUAUUAUUAACUGCAAGCAAUGCCUCCCAAUUGUAUUUUUG